AAACCAACCCACACAUCUUCCUCUCAGAGAAGCAAUAUUUCCAAAGAUGGCCAAGCACGCCGCUCAUGAAACUACGUCGUCUCAGGUCAUUAAGCCAGAGCAGUAUUCUCACAGCCCCGCCCACUACGCCGUCGUUAUGGCUGACCACAACGCACUUUCUAGAAUCAUCUCUGAGCUGCCCCCAUUCCCCGACCCGGACCAAAUCAAAACCGACUCCGACGCACUCUCUCAAGAACUACUUUUCGAAAAGAUUUCCGCCGUCCUCGACCGCCGCGACGUCCCGCUACGAGAAACACCUCUCCACCUUGCCGUCCGCCUCAACGACUACCACGCUGUCCGCGCUUUGGCUCUCGCCGGCGCCGACGCAUCCCUCCAGAACGCCGCCGGAUGGAACCCGCUCCAGGAGGCGCUGUGCCGGCGCUCCUCUGACAUCGCGCAACUCCUCGUUCGCCUCCACCACCGUUCUGCAUGGGGGAAGUGGCGCCGCCGGCUUCCGCGUCUUGUCACCGCUCUCCGUCGCAUGCGAGACUUCUACAUGGAGAUCUCGUUUCACUUCGAGAGUUCCGUGAUUCCAUUUAUCGGCAAGAUCACUCCGUCGGACACCUACCGAAUCUGGAAGCGUGACGGGAACCUCCGAGCUGAUACAUCUCUCGCCGGAUUCGACGGCCUCAAAAUCCAACGCGCCGAUCAGAGCUUUCUCUUCUUCGGCGACAGCAAUUCAGAGCUUCGAAUCCCCUCCGGCUCACUGCUCGUGCUGAACCGCGACGAUCGGACAAUCUUCGAUGCGUUCGAGCACGCGGGAGCUCCUAUGAGCUAUUCAGACGCCGCUGGGAUCUGCUCCGAGACAAGCGUCUACCGUCCAGGAAUGGACGUGACGAAGGCGGAGUUUGUCGGAAGAACGAACUGGAGGCGGCAGGAGAAAACGGAGACAGUUGGAGAGUGGAAAGCUAGGGUUUACGAAGUGCACAACGUGGUUUUCAGUUUCCGGUCACGAAAGGCCGCUUCCACCAGCGGCACCGUCACUGGAGAAGCCGACGCGACAGCGAGCGAGAAAGUGCUGCCGUUGGAACUGGACGAAGACGACGACGGUUUUCUCGUGGCGGAGUAUCCGAGUUUUGGUAUGAACAAUGACAUGAGAAGACACAGCAGUUUCGUGAGGGAAGAUAGGGAGUGUGUUCUGAUGGCAAGAAAAAGUGUGGACGUAGUGCUUCCUUCGGCAGCCCCUCAGCCUUCAAGGAGGUCAUCGGCGAGCGUUAAAGCGGUGCCACCUCAGCCACCAAGGAGAUCAUCGGCGAACGUUAACAUGACAGCACCCCUGCCACCAAGGAGGUCAUCGGCGAACAUAAACACGGCAGCGCCUUUGCCGGUGCAGACGAAGGAGAAGGAAUAUGUGAAAAGCUUGCGGCCGUCGGUGUGGCUGACGGAGCAGUUUCCGUUGAAGACAGAGGAGCUGCUGCCGUUACUGGACAUUCUGGCGAACAAGGUGAAAGCAGUGAGGAGGCUCAGAGAGCUGCUCACAACAAAGCUCCCGGCGGGGAGUUUCCCGGUGAAGGUUGCGAUACCGGUGGUCCCUACGGUGAAGGUGGUGAUUACUUUCACCAAGUUCAUGGAGCUGAAACCUUUCGAGCAAUUCUAUACUCCAUCCUCGAGUCCUUCACAUUUGUUCAGUGAAGAUGACGAUGAUGAUGCUCAGCGAAAACCAGAAAGAGAGUAUUCUUCCUUGUCGUCUUCAUUUUCAUCCUCCUCAUCAUCUUCUUCUUCGGUGGCUUUAGAUUUGAAUUUGGAUUCAGACCCUUUUGCUAUACCUGAUGGGUAUAGGUGGAUUAGUAACGUAGAUGAUAGAUCACGGAAAGGAAAGAAGCCCAAGCCUGUGAGAAAGCCCAAGUAACUGAGAAAUUAGAAAUAUUGACUUGGAGUCUGACUAGGAAGAUAAUUCAUAAGUGACAUAAUGAAUAAGGAAUGAUUAUGUUUUGGUGCUAAAACUUGUGUCUGUAUGCAGUUAAUAUGUCACGGCCGUCAGAUUCAAUUUCUAAUCAAUACUGAUUGAUAAAAAGUGUAAUUACUUACAAGUUAGAACUGAAUCUCUUUGCUUAUUUCGUGGUUUCUGUUCAUAAUACCUUAGUAAUAGAUAGAUUUUUUUUUCUUUUUUUAUCUGUGGUUGACGUUGUAUUGCCUUUUUGAGUAUGGUGCUAGGAAUUGAAAGGGAAAGGGGAAUUAAG